GCAUGAUGUACGCAAGAGGAGCGACGAGAAUGAUUUGGACAGUGAAAUAUGCGCAUUUCGAAGUCAUAUCCAAGAAGUCUAUAAUCUGACCAGCUAGCGACAGCUCACCAAUUCAUGGAUGUCCCAGAUUUUGUGAUGGACAGGCUCCAAAUCGAUCGCCAGUUCAACCUUAUUGCGGCUUGAACAAUCUAGUCGUCUGACUAGGUAUUGCCCAACUGGUAUCUGUAUGAGCCUAUGACCUCGAGAGCCUCCACGACCACGUGCGCAUGAUUGAAGUGAUCUAGGGCCCUCGCUUGGGCAACCUCGAGGAUGAGAAUCAUUAUCGUUGCAAGGAACCACAUCCCAUAUGUGUCUAUGAAGCAGAUACAAGAAGUAGAUGGAUGUAGAUGUAGAUUUUCGAAGAGCGGACCUGAUUGGUGGAUCGCAGAUAGCAAUUUACAGCUGCCACUUCGAGAUAGCUAGCGCAUAUUGCUCGUGCAAGAUGUCCCGCCCAACACUUUGUACUGCUUUGUCUGGGUUGACAUUACUGGACUGGCGGUUGUGUUGUCCACCGCGUGAAAGUUCCGAACCUUCCGGUAGUCGAGGCAAAGACACAAAGACAAGCACAGACAAGGAUGCAGUUCGCCACGCCGCUCCGAGGCCGUGCAUCGUUCCGGAGCAGUACAGAGACAGAAGCCUCGGAGACAUGAGGCAGUCUAUGACACGAAAAGAAGCUGCCCGAGUCAACGAAAUCGCGCAAUGAAGACGCGACCUGCUGUCGGAUGGGAAGUGUGUUUUGGUCUAGAGUUGGCACUAGGAAAGUGCCAUGUGUUGACUGUGUUGACUGUGCUGCCAGGCUAAAGGCAAUGAGCGCAACGUGCGUAUAGAUAACGUGCGAAUAGCCAGGGUGGGAUUAAACGCGUGUUGAAACGAUGAAAUACUAUCAUAGAGGUUCUAGC